AUGGAUUCUGAGAUAUUGGACAUCUCUAUAUUCCCACCAGUUCUGCGGCACGUUUCCCAAUUCCUCCAGCCUACUUCUCCUGCCGACUUUGUCGCAUUAAUCCUAGCUGCUAUCGCAGGGGUAAUCUAUCUCUUGCGAGGUACCGUGUGGGAUAAACCUGACCCGUACUAUUACCUCUACUUUGAACGGCCCCAGCAGCAGAUCGGGAUCGGAAACUCUAGAAGGCAAUCUCAGCGCAACAUUGCUAAAAAGCUUUCAGAAACUGGCAAAAGGGCUGUGGUCUUCUGGGGAUCUCAGUCUGGCACGGCAGAGCGGUUCGCCAACCAGCUGGCGAAAGAAUGUCAACUGCGAUUUGGUCUCAGUACUUUCGCUGCCGAUCUCUCAGAUUAUGAUCCUGAUUCUAUCGCUGAGCUGUCCCAAACUCGUCUAGCAAUAUUCAUCCUCUCGACAUAUGGCGAAGGGGAUCCGAGCGACAAUGCCAGCGGCUUCUGGAACUGGAUCAAUAAUGACAUCCAGGGAUCGUUGUCGAAUCUUCAAUAUGUCGCAUUUGGGCUGGGAAACAGCAAUUACAUGUACUACAACCGCGUCGUCGACGUUGUGGUUCAAUCGCUGAACAGGCAUGGCGCCCACAAUCUCCUUCGAGUCGGCAAGGCAGACGAUGCACAAAGUUCUACCGAGGAGGACUUCCUCGCCUGGAAGGACGAUCUCUUCAACAUGUUUCGGACGCAUCUGGCGCUUGAAGAAAAAAUGGUCGAGUAUCAACCUACGCUCGCUAUCACCGAAGAUGAUUCCCUGGAACCCAUCGAUCUCCAUCACGGAGAGGCUUCUCAUUCUCGAGACAACCCCAAAGCCGCUGCAGCGUGUUCGCCCGUGCGAGCACUGCCCAUCAAGAAUCCAAAAGAGCUGUUCAGCGUGUCCCAGCGGAAUUGUGUCCAUUUGGAGAUUGACCUCUCAGAACAUCCAGACAUCCACUACAAGACUGGUGAUCACAUGGCCGUCUGGCCAAUAAAUCCAGACAAUGAAGUGGACUUACUUCUGACUGCCCUUCAAUUGCGAGAUCGUCAGGACAUACCAGUAUCUGUCAAAGCUGUCGACCCAUCAUCGGCUAAGAUUCAAAUUCCAUCCCCCACUACCGUUCGAGCUCUCUUCCACCACUACCUCGAGAUUUGUGCACCGGUCUCUCGAACCACAAUUCAAGGUCUGGCGCCAUUUGCUCCGACCCCUGGGUCCAAGUCGCUCGUUCUCAAACUCGGUCGAGACAGAGACUUUUACUCAUCCUUUCUCACCAAGAACCACUUAACGCUGGGCCGCCUUCUCAACCUUGCCAGUCCCCAUGAACGAUGGGUCAAUCUGCCACUUUCGUAUGUGAUCGAGACUUUACCUCUGAUUCAACCACGCUACUAUUCGAUUUCCUCAAGCAGCGUCCUCUGGCCUCGAAGGGCCACCAUCACAGCUCUCGUGGCUGCAGAUUGUCUCCCAGACAAUCAAGAACAGAAAAUCAACGGCGUCACAUCAAACUAUCUUCUCGCUCUUUCUCGAUCACAGUCACAAUCACCGAUAACGACUACCUCCAAGCUUCAAAUCCAGCAGCAUUCGUCUGAAGUCCCAUCCUACGACCUCUCGGGCCCCGCGAAGCUUCUCCAGGGAACCAAACUCUUCGCACACAUCCGCAAAAGCAAAUUUAAACUUCCCAUCCAGAGCAGCUGCCCAAUCAUCAUGGUCGCAGCUGGGACGGGACUGGCACCUUUCCGAGCAUUCAUCACCGAACGCGCGAAACUCCAUGCAAUUGGAAAACCCAUCGGCGACAUGUUGCUAUUCUUCGGUUGCCGCCGGCCCGACGAGGACUUCAUCUACCGUGACGAGCUGGAGCAAAUACAAGCUUCCGUCGGUGAAGGCUCUUUCAAGAUCAUCACGGCAUUUUCGAGGGCCGAGGCCCGAAAGAAAGUCUAUGUGCAGCAGCGAGUAAAAGAGUAUGGGAAGGAGGUGGUGAGUUUAGUCGAGGAUCAAGGUGCGAGUGUCUAUAUUUGUGGCCGGGCAUCGAUGGCCAGAGAGGUUGGAUAUAGUGUUGGUGAGACCCUCCAACACCUCAGGGGUUGGAGCGACUCUGAGGUCAAAAAUUGGAGCGAGGGGCUCAAAAGGAAGGGGAAGUGGCGUGAAGACGUGUGGGAAUGA